CGCACCCUGAGCUCCCCUCCCCUCCCCCACUUUGUCUGCAAGUACUACUCUACGUGCCGACUAGCAGCAGAACAUUAGUGGCAGAGUGCGCCAGGCAAAUUUCCAGCACCAAAGCGCCCCAGUUCACAGCCAGCAGCCAACCAUCAUGGACGACAUUCAUGCGCCCACGGUGUCGUCGGGUCCAACCUCGUCGGGCCAUUCUAACGGAAUACCCAAGGAGCAGUUGUCGCUGCAAGAGCUUAUGGCAGAAAAAGAUCGCGUCGAAGCAGAACUCAAGGCUCUAGGGCAGGUGCUGGAUUCGCAUGGCAUUCGCAUGAGUACCGGCCUAACGACGCUCGAUGGCUUUCCGCGUAGUGACAUUGACGUCGCUCAGAUACGGACGACUCGGGCGCGCAUCAUAUGGCUGAAGAACGACUACAAGGACCUCAUGUCGCGCAUCGAAAAGGGCCUCCACGAACACCACGCGCGCCUGGCAGAGCAGGCAAACAACCCGGCAGCGGCGAGCCAGACGCAACCAGAAGUCAACGCACCGCCUGCGACUCUCGAGGCACCCUUCGCAAAGGUCAAUAGCGUGGUGGCGGGCAGUCCGGCCGAGACAGCAGGGCUACGGGUGGGCGACACCAUAACCAAGUUUGGCUGGAUCGACUGGACAAACCACGAGAGACUAUCGCGGGUGGCAGAGGUGGUUUCGCAGAACGAAGGGGUGCCCAUUACCGUGAAGGCGUUGCGACCAAAUGUCUCGGGCGGCCCCGCAGAGAGUGUGCAAAUGCAACUCACCCCGCGAAGGAAUUGGGGCGGGCGAGGGCUGCUGGGCUGCCACCUGCUACCCAUGUGAGGCGUGAGGCGAGAGGCGAGAGGAUGGCUGGGAAUGACGUCAGAGGCAUUUGGGCUCUACAGUAGGUAGAUACAGCAGGGACAGCAGAGCAGAUACAUCUGUUAGAUGCAGGGCACACAGCAUCCAUCAAGUCCAUGAGCAUCCGGGGGCCCGUCGUGGGUUGGGUGGCCAGGCACGUUU